AUGUCGUUGGCAUUAUGGAUCAAGCAGCCAUGGAAGACAUUCUAUCUUACUUUCCACGUCUUCACUAUCGCCCUUGUUUUCCUCCCGAUACACGCAGUAAAAUUCUCGUUCACACGCCCAAGACCAACUUGGUCAUGGAGGCAUGCGAUGAGAGUAGCCCUCACACGGAGGCUGGGCUCUAUCGCCACAGUCUUAGGGAGGGUACCUUUCGACCCAGAUUACCACGCUAUCGAGCCUGGGCCUGGUGUGGAAGGUGUCUGGAUGGACGGAGUACCCCACCUCAUGAACGCAGAACUUAAGAUCUGGUCAUCCGUUGCCAACGUUACAUCGAUACGCAUUCCGGGGUACUGGUAUGCGAGAACAGGUUCGAACUCGAAACCUCCCACACCCACUAUAACUGGUCAAAAGGUUUUUCUAUACAUACACGGGGGAGGGUUCACUCAACUGUCCGCGCAUCCUCGGUCCCCCACAUCCAUUAUUCCCCGUAGUCUAGUGGAGUUGACUGAUGACGCUCCAUAUGCACUGGCAGUCGAGUACCGCCUCUCAUCGACGUAUCCAUUUGCCGAGAAACAUUCGUUCCCGGCUGCUCUCCUCGACGCACUCACAGGAUACAACUUUCUGGUCAAUACCAUGGGAUACGAUCCCUCAGAUAUCGUCGUUGCUGGUGACUCCGCUGGCGGAAAUAUUGCCCUCGCUCUGACUCGGUACCUCGUGGAGAACAAGGGUAGUACCGAAAUCUCUCUUCCUGGACCACCCGGACACCUUUUAGUCAGUUCACCCGUGACAGACAUGAGUAAUUCGCAUGUAACACCCGGUUCUUCGGCACUCGCGAACGAUAAGGAUAUUAUCGGUGAUUUCUACAACAACCCACAUGACACUCCUUACCGUGUUCUCGCCUACGUCGGCCCAUUUGGAGCUGGCAUCGCAUCGUGCAAUCGCUAUGUCUCUCCCGCAUCUUUGAGCCCGUUGAUGCAAUCCAGGUUCAUUGGAUUUCCGCGUACAUUCAUCAUUGCGGGCGGAAUGGAGGUGUUCCGUGACCAGAUACGUUCGUUGAGAGAUAAGAUGGUGAGGGAUAUGGGUGAAGCGCAGGUGGCGUACUAUGAACCGGUCGAUGCGGUACAUGACUACAUUGUCUUCCCCUGGCACCCCGAUCGUCCUGCUACUCUCAAAGCAAUCCAGGAAUGGCUGGUGUCAGGAUGA